CAAGAACAAAAAAAAAUAUAUUAAGAUGAACAAACAAAAAAACACUUAAAAGAGGAAAGAUCUGGCCACUACAACACUACACGAUAGUACGAUCGAUGAAUAUAAUCGGAAAGAUUUGAGUGGCUCAAUUACAUAUUGCUUAUACGACGUCGUUUUGAGUAGCAUCAUUUCGUUAAUAUUUAUGUAGGAGACUGAAACAAGACAGAGAAAAGAGAAUCUCCGAGGAAAACAAAAGUUGAUGGCGACGUCUAAGCUUCAAGCUCUCUGGAAUCACCCGGCAGGACCAAAGACAAUUCAUUUCUGGGCUCCAACAUUUAAGUGGGGUAUAAGCAUUGCUAACAUUGCAGAUUUCCAGAAACCUCCAGAAAAUAUUUCGUACCUUCAGCAAAUUGCUGUGACAUGCACUGGAAUGAUUUGGUGUCGUUGCAGCACUAUAAUUACUCCUAAAAACUGGAACCUGUUUAGUGUUAAUGUUGCUAUGGCAGCUACAGGGAUAUACCAACUUACUCGCAAAAUAAAGUAUGAUUAUGUAUCUGAAGCAGAGGCUGCUGUUGAAAUUGAAGGAUGAUGAUGAUGAAAAAGAUGAAACAUUUGACAUGUGAAAAUGUUCGUUCAUUAGUACUGUCUUGUUAAUGGACCUCUAGUAGCAUAUGCCAAUGUUUGGAUUUUUGUUAGAUAGUGAAUGGUACGUUACAUGCUUGCUAAAGAUUUUUAUAUUAUUUGGGACAAGAUUGAUAGUUGAGUUUAUGUAAGAUUAAUCAGUAAUUAGAUCAAAAUAAUAACUCUAUAUCUC